AUGUUGCCCAAAGCUAUAGAUAGCAAGAUGUUGAUCAAAACUAUAGAGAGUAAGAUGUUGCCCAAAGCUAUAGAGAGUAAGAUUUUGCCCAAAAUUAUAAAUAGCAAGAUGUUGCCCAAAGCUAUAAAUAGCAAGAUGUUGCCCGAAACUAUAGAAAGCAAAAUGUUGCCCAAAACUAUCAAUAGCAAGAUGUUGCCCAAAACUAUAGAACGCAAGAUGUUGCCCAAAACUAUAGAGAGUAAGAUGUUGCCCAAAACUAUAGAGAGUAAGAUUUUGCCCAAAACUAUAAAUAGCAAGAUGUUGCCCAAAGCUAUAGAUAGCAAGAUGUUGCCCAAAACUAUAGAAAGCAAAAUGUUGCCUAAAACUAUCAAUAGCAAGAUGUUGCCCAAAACUAUAGAAAGAAAAAUGUUGCCCAAAACUAUCAAUAGCAAGAUGUUGCCCAAAACUAUAGAAAGAAAAAUGUUGCCCAAAACUAUAAAUAGCAAGAUGUUGCCCAAAACUAUAAAUAGCAAGAUGUUGCCCAAAACUAUAAAUAGCAAGAUGUUGCCCAAAACUAUAGAAAGAAAAAUGUUGCCCAAAACUAUCAAUAGCAAGAUGUUGCCCAAAACUAUAGAAAGAAAAAUGUUGCCCAAAACUAUCAAUAGCAAGAUGUUGCCCAAAACUAUCAAUAGCAAGAUGUUGCCCAAAACUAUAGAAAGAAAAAUGUUGCCCAAAACUUUCAAUAGCAAGAUGUUGCCCAAAACUAUCAAUAGCAAGAUGUUGCCCAAAACUAUCAAUAGCAAGAUGUUGCCCAAAACUAUAAAUAGCAAGAUUUUGCCCAAAACUAUCAAUAGCAAGAUGUUGCCCAAAACUAUAGAAAGAAAAAUGUUGCCCAAAACUAUCAAUAGCAAGAUGUUGCCCAAAACUAUGGAAAGAAAAAUGUUGCCCAAAACUACCAAUAGCAAGAUGUUGCCCAAAAGUAUAGAAAGAAAAAUGUUGCCCAAAACUAUAAAUAGCAAGAUGUUGCCCAAAACUAUAGAAAGAAAAAUGUUGCCCAAAACUAUAAAUAGCAAGAUGUUGCCCAAAACUAUCAAUAGCAAGAUUUUGCCCAAAACUAUAGAAAGAAAAAUGUUGCCCAAAACUUUCAAUAGCAAGAUGUUGCCCAAAACUAUCAAUAGCAAGAUUUUUCCCAAAACUAUAGAUAGCAAGAUGUUGCCCAAAACUAUAAAAAGCAAGAUGUUGCCCAAAACUAUAAAAAGCUAA